AAGACAUCAAGUCAGUGCACUGUUGGUGCGGUCCUUUGGACCAUUUUGGACUUGGUCCGACUGGAACAUCACAGAGAUAUCACAGGAGUUCUAUGCAGUUUCUCUGUGCGCUUUUUGCGGCUUUGCCAGUGCAAAGCUCCGCAUCCUCCGCGUACUUCGACGCGAUGCUGUCACAUGAGCCAAGCCGCUCCAGCCGAAGCUUCACAGCGCACUCGGACUUUGAUGAGGUGUUCCCCGAAAGUCUACAUGAGUCCUUCUUCCGGAUGGAGGCGCGGAGGCAAGCCCGACUGGCGAAUGGGAGGCUCAUGGCGCGAGGCGUUUGCUCCGCCAUCUCCGAAGUCGCCAUGUUCCUAGGCUUUGCCUUGUAUGGCCUGGCGGCCUUACGUACCGAACUCUUGGGCCCUCCGCAGCAGGCGGUCUCGUACUUGCUGCUGCCGAUCCUGGUGACCAUCUGCACCGUGGGGCUGACCCUCCGCAGGUCCGUGGCCAACAAGGACAACUUGCCGUCGCUCUGGGCCAAGACCUGGAUCACGCUGCUGGUGGUCUGGGAGCUCUGGCUGUGGCCGGAAACGCGCGCAGGCCCCUGGCGCCAAGAGCCUUGGAUGACCGGGGAGGAGCAGGUGGUGUUGGCGGUGUUCCUCAGUUUAGAGGCCGUCACCUUGCUGGUGUGGUUUUGGGCUGUGAAGGUCUACCCUUACCUAGUCACCUAUUGCCACAAGAAGCUGGCGCUGCGUUGCUUUUGGCGUAUUCGUUCCCUCGGGGAGAGCUACAGUUACUUGCCCCAUGGCUGGUGGAGCCUCUCUCGUCGCGAGUUUCGAUACCGUGGCCAAAAGGACCUGCAGGGUCGGCCGGAUGGCUUUGGGGAGUGGCAAGAUAGCUCCUACCACGGAGAGGUCUUCAAUGGAACCUGGGUUCAUGGCCUGCCAGCGGUGCCCUUUGUGGCCAGGUGCUUCGGGUCUGGCGCGAUUUCCCGAGGUUUGAAGAUCGGCUACGGCACCAAACGCCUCGAAGCCCUCAGCGAGCUGCAUUGGACCCGCGCCAAGGCAGAGCGGUUCAUCUUCGGUUCCGUGGGGAUUGAAUGCUCCGCCUCAGGUGCUUUCCUCGCACACUUGCCGCAGCUGUUGGAGCAGCACCGAACCUUUCCAUCAGCCAGUGGGAUGGUCGAGGACCUCCAGAAAAGCUGCGGAUUGACGGCAGGCGCCCCGCCCGUGGAAGAGGCGCCGGUGACCUCGGCGUUGGUCUUCGUGCACGGCUACAACUGCCCCACCGACUGGGCUUGCAUGCGCUUGGGGCAGCUGGUGACCUUAGGCAACUUUGGUUCACAGAUUCUUCCCUUUGUCUUCUCUUGGCCCACAGGCCGCAUCCCCUCCUUCUUCCACGUUCGCCGCGAGCUACCGGAGCUCUCCGCGCCGGAUCUGGCCACGUUCCUCCAGAACCUGCGCCGCGCGGGGCUCAAGGAGAUACACCUCAUGGCGCAUUCCAUGGGCUGCGACUUGGUUUUGGCUUCGCUGGACCACUUGGAGUCCUGGGCCUCCGAGGCCUCCGAGGCGUCCGCGCCUCCUCUGGCGACGGUCUCCUUCUGCAACUCCUCCUGUGCUAGUGCAGACUUUGGGCCAAGAACUCUGCGUCGAUUCUUGCGCGUCUGUCGGCGCUUGACCCUUUACUGCGAUCGGGAUGACUUUGCCUUGUGGUCCUUGCAGCUCCUCCAGCGGCAGGAGGUGCUCGGUCUAUCCACUGAGCCAUGGCCGAGUGAAGACCUGACUCUUCGGCAGAGCAUCGAUGUGGUCGACUGCACUUCCAUGGAUGCAAACGUGAAUGGUAUGCGCCAUGGCUAUUUCGACUUGAACACGAACCUCGUCGCGGACUUGAAGGAGCUGAUCGUGGACCAAAAAGAGGCCUCUCAGAGGAGUCGGCUGUUGCGGGUGGACUCGGACCCCGACUACAACGCUCGGGGUGCCCGGCGUGGGCGGUGUGCGGACGCAACGGGCACGAGAGGCGCUUCGUCAACAGCGAGACCCCGGAGCAGUAAAAGCUUGUAGCACGUGGAAGAUGAGGACACCCCAAUUGGUUGGCCGUUUUGAUGCCCUUUCUGAAAGCAAGAUGGCGUGGACACCUUGUGAUCCUCAUGUUGACACCUCCUCUCUACCUGAGGUUCUCUACUGGUCUCUGCACAUGGUAGGGUACACUGUUGGGUCAAGCCCCAAGGGUUCCUCGAAUUAACGGUCACCAUGUAUCAAAGAUCAAGGGAGAUACUUGCUUGGUGAGGUUGGGACUUUGCUUGGCUGCAUUCAGCAACCAAGGCAGUUCUUUCCCCAAUUCAUGGGUGAAACGGCAAAACCACGUGACACCGCCUUUUUCACUCCCAUUCACUCGCCUUUUUCUUUUUUGGAAAAUGCAUCCGCCCACACGACGGGUUCGACGGGAGAACGCCGAGGAGGAUGGGGGGGAUGUCACCCGGCCUGGGUGGGGCGGGUCAUACGGCGCGUCCAAAGCGGUCUGAUCUGAAGAAGACGGCCCUCCUGGGUGAAGAGGUUUUGACUCGCUUCUGUUUCCUCAACCUCGGGUCACCAGCAGUCAAACAUAACUCCUCUCUUCGGUGAACAUCGCCUCGUGGAUCACCAAACCACCUUGGUGACCGCUUUCUCGGGCGACCGACUCCCGUCAGAAUCCAGGGACAAGAGACAAGGCGAGCAGAGAGUCGUGCCAAAAACAGCACGUGGACGGCAGUGACUGGAAACGGUGGAUGCGACGUUUGAUGACGUUUGUAUCACUUUUGUUUUGUGUAUCUCACAUGUCAAUGUCGGUGGCAUUUCUUUCUUCAUGGACGGCAAGAACGGACAGCAGAACACCCGCCUGAGCUUCUACCAAAGACUUCGCCAGUCUCCGAGGUCUUCUCCUUCCUGGCUCCGCCAGUCUUCGUGACCUCCUAGUCGACGCCUCUGAGCGAGUCGAGCGCGCGGGGAACCCGCGGCCACGAGCUCGGCGCGGUCCGGUGCUUUCGGUGGCCAAGCUUUGCGUGCUUGGAAAGAAGCUCCAGCCUGGUUGGGCCCGGAUCUUUCGGUGUAAGGAAAAGCGGAAACGCUUCUGAAGCGGAGCCCAUUUCGCAGCACAAGAGCGG